AUGAGCUGGGUUGUUCUUCAGGUCAUGUCAGGUCCUCGAUCUCUUGUUCAGCUUAGAGGGAAAGUAAAAGUUGGAAAGCAGUUUGUGAAGUUAAGUCCUGAACUCUUGUACAAUCGAGUUUAUCAAGUCAAGAAUGGUGAGCCAGAGCUUGCAAGUGGAGAAGACACUUAUGACGGACCUGUAACUGGGGAUAACCGAGGAUUUAUCGACGAUAAUACAGCGCAAACUUUGACUUCUGAAGAAAUCAUCGAAAUUCGUAAUUCUGAAGGAGGCGAAGCUCUCAUUAAUACCCUUGUUCAGAAUAGUAAAACUUUCAACAUGAAAACACAAUUUUCUCAAGAAAAAUACUUACGAAAAAAGAAAAACAAGCAUUUAGCGCUCUUUAAAAUUCUUAGAGCGACUCCAGGAAAUAUUGCAGACACACAAUACUCUCAAAAGCCUUCCAAAUCAAUUCGCUCAGACGCUUUGCACAAUUUAUUGGCAUUAGGAAACAUUCAUUCUGAUUGCGCUGUUUUAGUUUAUGACGAUAUUGGUGGGAUUUUGCUCGGUUCAGUUUUAGAAAAAACAACUGGAACUGUAAGUGUGGUUAGGCAUGCACAUUAUAGAGACCAUAAUCUGAAAUACUUUGGGAUUAAAGUAAAUUCUGAAAGAAUUUCACAUGUAUUGCCUGAAAACCCUGCUGGCACUUAUGACUCUUUAAUAGUGGCAAGCCAAGAGCCUUUAAAAGAAAUACUCGAAAAAUAUUUGCCUUUGCUAAGGCCUUCAGGUACUAUUUCUACAUACAGUCAAGACUUAAUGCAGGUUGCAAUAGUUUACGAAUGGCUCAUUAAAGAAACCUUAGCAGUCAAUGUUUGCUUGGAAGAAAUAUGGACAAGAGAAUUUCAGGUGUUGCCAGAGAGGACACAUCCAAAUAUGAAUUCUAGGCAGGGUUCAAGUGGAGGCUACAUUGUUUCAGGCAAUAAAGUUAUUAGUGAAAUUUCUUAA